AUGUUGCCAGAGCAGGAAGACCAGACUGCAGCUGGUUGUGAGGCCAGAUCCCGGGGUAGGCAUUUGGAACACUACCUGUUGGCAAUGCGUGUCGCUUUGGAAUUGCAAACCUGUUCAAAGUCUUGCUUCCAUGGUGAUCUCCGGUGUCCCAUUUGUCUCCAAGUUCCCACAUUUCCCGUGGAAACCAGCUGUGGUCAUUUAUUUUGUGGACAAUGUUUAAUUGCAUAUUGGAGACAUGGUUCUUGGACAGGACCUGUGAGCUGCCCUCUAUGCAGGCAAAAGGUGAGCCUGGUGGAUGGUCUACGUCACGAGAAUGACCAGGAAAGGCAUUGGCAACAGAUCCUACGAGAUAUCAGAGACUACAACAAGCGUUUCUCUGGACAGCCUCGAUCUUUUGCAGAUUACAUCUACGACAUGCCACUGUUACUCCAGCUGGCUUUCAGAGGACUCUUGACAGUGACUGGAUUAGUAUCUAUCUUCUGUUUAAGGAUUGCAAUUUGUUUCUUUGGAGCCAUUGUGCACUUUACCUCUCCUCUUGAUAUACCUGAAGCAUUCAAUGGGAUCUUGAGGACGUUUGAUGACUUGACUGUUGCAAUUCUGUUGCUUUUCUGCAUGAUUAAUAUCUGCCAGCAGGUGGGGCUAGAGUAAACCAGUUGAACAAACAUCAUAUCCCAAAGUUUUUUCCAGACUCUUCAUAGGAUGUGGACUGUGUCUAACAAAUGCUAUAACCAGACUGCAAAUAUACUUUAACAGUUUGAAUUGAUAGCUGCACAUAGAU